AUGGCUGGCUUUGGCACGGACUUCUCGCAGGUCCUAAACUUGACUCUGAAAGAUGUAGAGGAGCAGCUUGGAGCCACCGAGGCUCAGGAGGAGGUUCUGAAGCAGCUGUACAACAGCAACACGCUGGACACUCUGCCUUCCUUCAUGCGCGCACCCUCCUGGCAGCAGCAGGGCGCCGCGGGCGGGCAGCCGCCCUCCGACGGCAAGGGCGGCGCCGCCGCCGCUCCGGCAGCGGUGGUGGUGGCCCCCAACGCCGCGGCGUGGGAGGCCGCGGCCGCGGCCGGCGCCGCCGCAGCCCAGGAGCAGCAGCAGGAGCAGCAGCGGCAGGAGGCGGCGGCGGCAGCGGCGGCGGCCGCGGCCGCGGCCGCGCAGCAGCAGCAGCAGCAGCAGCAGCAGGGCGGCGCGCUGCCGCUCAGCAGCGUGCGCAUGGACCAGAUCUUCAGCUGGUAUGCCGAGAACCAGGCGCAUGCUCAGCGGCCGCAGGCGCCGCUGCCCUCCAUGACCCUGUCCCAGCUCUUUGAUUCGGCGGGGCUGCACCUGGCGCCUCCGGGCACGCUGCCGCAGUCGGCGGCGGCGCAGGGGCCCGUGGUGGUGCUGCCGCAGGCGCCCGCCGCGCUGCACGCGCAGCUGGGGCUGGGCGGCGGCGGCGGGCCGGCCUCGGGCGCGCCGGGCAUGGGCUCCCUGCACAUGCACGCCGUGGGGAGCAUGCUGCCCCCGGGCCUCUCCCCCGCGGGUCCCUUUGCAUCCAGCUCGCUGCCCAUGGUGGACCCCAGCCUGAUGCCGCCCUCCAUGCAGCCUCCGCACAGCAUGCAGCCGCACAGCAUGCAGCCGCACAGCAUGCAGCCGCAGGGACUGCCCCCGCGGGGCGACGCGGCCGCGGCGGCGCGCGCCGCGCGCGCCCGCAAGCGCAAGGCCGGCGCCGACGGCGGCCCCGCCGCCAAGCCUGGCGCGCUGUCGGCGGCCGAGGCGGCGCGGCAGGCGCUGGAAGUGGCUGAGAGGGCGGCUGCUGAGCUGGCGGAGCUGCCACAGGAUCUGGGGGACAAGGAGGGGCGCGCCAUCAAGCGCGCGAUCAAGAACCGCGAGAGCGCUGCGCGGUCGCGUGCCAAGCGGCAGGAAUACACCGCCACGCUGGAGCAGCAGGUGGAGCAGCUCAAGACCCAGAACAACAACCUGCGCCACCAGGUCAUCGCCACGGCGGCGGCGCCGCCCGACCCGCGCGCCGCCAAGCUGGAGGGGGAGCUGCUGCGCCGCUCCCGCACGGGGCCCAUCUGA